AUGUUCUCCACUUACCCAGGACAGGUCGUCGUCGACCACCCCGUCAAGGUCCCUAUCGAGCACCGCUUCGACCCCUAUGUCGACAAUGGCGGUACCUUGUUGUCCAUUGCCGGUGAGGACUUCUGCGUUGUCGCUGCCGAUACUCGACUAAGCGAGGGAUACUCGAUCAACUCGCGUUAUGUUCCCAAGUCGGUCAAAUUGUCCGACAAGACCGUUAUCUCGAUGGGAGGCUGCUACGCUGACUGCCUGACCCUUACAAAGAAGAUCCAACAGAGCAUGGAGUGGUACCACCACGCUCACGGAAAGACAAUGUCGACAGCUGCAGUUGCACAGAUGCUUUCGAUCAUGUUGUACCAGAAGCGCUUCUUCCCCUUCUACAGUUGGUGCAUCUUGGGUGGUUUAGACGAGGAGGGCAAGGGAGCAGUCUACACCUACGACCCCGUUGGAUCCUAUGAGCGCGAGUCCUGCAGAUGUGCCGGCUCUGCCUCAUCACUCAUCCAGCCUUUCUUGGACAACCAGAUCGGCUUCAAGAACCAGGCGUCGCAGAAGAAGACUCUGUCCCUGGACCAGGUCUUGCGCAUCACAAAGGAUUCGUUCACAUCUGCAACGGAGCGUGAUAUCUACACUGGUGACUACCUCGAGCUGUUUGUGAUCACCAGCAAGGGUGUUGAAGUUCAGAAGAUGGAUUUGAAGAAGGAUUAA